AUGGACAAAGAAAUGGAGGAACCAGUAUGUACAUCUAGAUUCGACUACGAAUAUAAAAUGUUACACAAAAUGGUGAUGCUGGAAAUAGAACAAAAUAAAAUAAAAGAAUUAAUGGCAGAAAUGAACAAGCUGCCAAACACACUGAACGAGGAGAGCCUUAAUACCCGAGCAAUAGAAGACCGUGUAGAAAAAGGGCUGAAAGAGAUAGACGCGAAAAAGUCGUUCGGUUUGACAGGAAACACAUACGUCCGCUGGGGAAGAACACAAUGUCCUGGAAAUGGGACAGAAAUGGUGUACAAAGGAUAUGCAGGUGGUGGACAUUAUAACAAACAAGGUGCCGCAAGCAAUUAUUUAUGUUUACCUGAGGUACCAGUAUGGGGUGUUUAUGAAGAUUCAGAUUGGUCGAAAACGAUGUGCCAUGCUGUGUCUGUAGGACAAAGCGGCCAAGUGUUAUAA